GUGGUCACAUGAGCGCCGGUCACGUGACGUCUGUGAGCCGCUGCCCUUGGAAACAGUUUCAUCAUCACACUCAUCAUCUCAGGAAAUAAGAGCUGUGGCGCAGAUCUGAGCGUGUUUGUGUUUUAGGAGGAGGAGGAGGAGGAGGAGGAUGGACAGACAGCAGGAGGAAGAUGAGGAGGACACCGUGUGCUGUGUGAUGGAGGACGUCAUGUGUGUGGACGAACAUCCGGUCGAGCGUCUGACCGACGGCUUCCUGUCUCACUAUCUGCCAGAACUGUGCUGCUCCAAACGAGCGCUGCAGGAGCUGACACAAAACCAGGUGAUUCUGCUGGAUAUGCUGGAACAGGAAGUCACGAAGUUCCGCGAGUGCAACGCCACGAUUGAUCUGAACACACUGUUCACAGAGGCCACGGUUUAUCACAGAAAGCUGGUGAACAUCCGCAGAGAAAUGAUCGUUCUGCACGACAAGACCACCAGACUGAAGAAGCGAGUGCUGAAGCUGCAGCAGCACAAGCAGAAAGAGGAUCUGGAGCGCGAGCAGCAGAGAGAGAGAGAGCUGGAGCGAGAGAGACGUCUCAUCGCCAAACCCGCCAAACGCAGCGACGCUGAACCGCACUGAGCGUGCUCAGACAAACAGCUCCACCCACUGCCCCCGAGACUCCGCCCCUCAGUCACAUGGUUCCACCCACUGCCUCUGCUCCUCAGAGACACGGCUCCACCCACUGCCCCGAGACUCCGCCCCUGACGUAUAUAAAGCAAUCAGAAACACACAGAUGAGCAGAAACACGUCGCUGCUCGUCACAUUCAUGCAUGCGUCGCGCCUCUCACUCAGAAUUAUCUGGUGAUUUCAUGAAUUUAUCAGGACUAAAUGUGAUAAAUUUAUGUUCGACUCUCAAAGCUCUGAUGACUCGUCAUCAUUGUCAUCAUGUGCACUUUUGUUCAGAUAAGUAAUAAUAAUAAUAAAAUAAUAAAACUAAUGAAAGUGUUUGUGUCACCAUA